AGUAUCAGCUGGAACGGACUUCCAAACGCGGCAGCGCAGAGGAAUAAAUGACUGAGGAGGGCGUUUAUACGCUGAAUUUGGAAAACAGUCUGAGAGGAUUAUUUGUCACACAUCAGGGGAUCGCCGCCGCUCUCCGGAGGCCGAGGCCUUGGAUUAAUAGAAGAAACGCGCACACGCUUCCUUCUUCCACCUUCAGAGGAUUGGCUGCUGGUCUGACAUCAUUGGCUGGCAGUUAGGAAUGAAUCAUCGCCUUCGCCAGGGGGGUGCAGGGAUGCUGUCACUGUCAUAGCACCCAUAAAAUCCCUCCGAUACGCAGACCCACCCGGCGCGGCCGCGUCUCUGAACAUUUAAGCCGUCUCUCUGAGAAGCCAGCAUGGAGGAAAUCUUGCGAAAGCUGCAGAAAGACGCGUCCGGCCACAAACACAAAGGCAUCCGUGAUGCCUGCGUCUACGCCUGCGAAAUGCUUCAGUCUCAGAAUGGAUCAGCAAAGAUUUCCCCUUCACAGCUUCGAGAGCGCUGUCUGCUACCUCUGCAGAUGGCUCUGGAGUCUAAAAACACCAAACUGGGUCAGACUGCGCUUUCUGGCAUGCAGAAACUCCUGUGUGAGGACAGGUUUGUGGGCGGUGCUGGUGUGGAGGUGGAGGCACUGGAGAAACAGCUGCUCAGCCAGAUGUUGGAGGCCAUCAGAGUCACGCCAUCGCUCCAUGAAGACCUGCAGGUGGAAGUUAUGAAAGUCCUGCUCUGUAUCACCUACUCACCAAACUUUGACAUUAAUGGCGACUCCAUCCUCCGGAUUGCUGAGGUGUGCAUCGAGACCUACGUGUCCAGCUGUCACCAGCGCAGCAUCAACACAGCGGUGAGAGCCACGCUGAGCCAGAUAUUAGGAGACCUGACGCUGCAGCUGCGGCACAGACAGGAGGGUGCAGAUGGAGACGAGGUGACCGCACCGCCGCUGCAGAGAAGAGAUAUUUCUCCCACCAGCCAGGCUCUGUGUGAAGAUGUGGUGACGGUUCUGACCGUUUUCUGUGAAAAGCUGGAGUCAGUAGACAGCGAUAACCAGCUCCUGCAGCUACUCUAUCUGGAGUGCAUCCUCUCCAUGCUUAGCAGCUGCCCUCCCACAAUGCACCUCUUCAGAGGUUUCACAGACCUUGUGUGGAAGCAGCUGUGUCCAUCCCUGGUGGCGAUCAUGGGAAAUCCUGUCAAUGACAAAACUAUUGCUUCCCACCACGGCUACACGGGGGCCUCAGAUCGAGACCGCCUCUCAGAGAGACUCAGUCUAGGAAUUGGCCAGGACGUGGACUCCUGCUGCGGAGGAGUAUCCGAUCAGGGCAGAGGAUCUGGCUGCUCCUCGAGCGCCCCUGCCAGGAUUGCACCUGUAGUGCGGACGGUGUGCUACAUUGCAGCGGAGCUGGUGCGUCUGGUGAGCUGCGUCGAGUCGAUGAAACCGGUGCUGCAGUCGCUCUACCACAGGAUCCUGCUGUACCCACCUCCGCAGCACCGCACCGAGGCCAUCCGCAUCAUGAAGGAGAUUCUGGGCAGUCCCCAGCGGCUGUAUGACCUGGCAGGUCCUUGCAUGGCUGAGCCUGAGACCAGGAAGCGCUCCUUCUCAAAGAGGAAGUCCCACCUGGACCUGCUAAAGCUAGUAAUGGAUGGGAUGACGGAGGCUUGUAUCAAGGGAGGGAUUGAGGCAUGCUACUCCUCCGUCUCCUGUGCCUGCGCCCUCCUAAGUGCACUGGAUGAGCUGUCACAAGGCCGUGGCAUCCAGCCUGAGCAGGCUCGGCUUCUCCUCAGACGACUGGAUGAUCUGAAAGAUGGAACAGAAUCGACACGUGAGUCCAUGGAGAUCAACGAGGCCGACUUCAGGUGGCAGAGACACAUCCUGUCCUCAGAGCAGACUCCAUGGGACCCCAGCUCUUCUUCCUCCAAUAUGGCCACCACCGGGGCCACCGAGCGCAGCCCCGACAUCAGCAUCAGCAUCACUACUGAAACGGGUCAAACUACCCUAGAUUUAGAGGUGGGGGAGCUCAGCCUCGCUGUGGGCCACACUAGUCCAGAGGAGUGCGGAGAGGAUGCUCGCCUCCCUUCGCCUUCCUUCUGUGACAAUCAGGAGGAAACCAAACGUGAGCCGAUCCUUGGGCCCAACCAGGGAGGUCAGAGGGAGGAGGGAGGGGUGCCCACAGGGGAGGUUGAGGGAAGAGGAGAGAAGGAAAGAGGUGGAGGUGGAGAGAGAGGUGUAGUUCCUCCAGAUGUGGUGCAGAGGAGUCAUGGCCUCGUCUACCCCGACAUCACUAACUUCCUGUCUGUGGAAUCCAGGUCUAGGCCACACCACGGAGGAGGGUCACGAUACAGCGAGAGCAACUUCAGCAUGGAGGAGCAGGACUUGUCACGGACUGAGUUUGACUCGUGUGAUCAGUACUCCAUGGCUGCUGAGAAAGACUCGGGGCGCUCCGACGUGUCCGAUAUCGGCUCUGACAACGUGUCGCUGGCCGACGAGGAGCAGCAGACUCCUCGUGACUGCCCGGGUCACCGCUCCCUGCGCACUGCCGCCCUGUCCCUCAAACUGCUCCGCAACCAGGAGGCAGACCAGCAGAGCGCCCGACUGUUUUUCCAGUCUCUGGCUCCACUGCUGCCCAGGCUGCUGGGACUGUCCACUGCCACGGAGGUGGACCUGUCACUGCAGAACUUCUCUUCCACCUUCUGCUCCGGGAUGCAGGCUGGUGGGAUUCACUCCCCGGGUUUCGAAGCAGGCGACACUCUGAGCUGCCAGGCUCUGAUGAACGCAGACGGCCUUUACCUGGUCUCGUACUAUGCUCUGCUGCUCAAUCUGAAACUCUGCUGCUGCGACUACUACAGACGGCGGACGCUCACGCCCGUCCUGAGCCUGAAGGAGUUUGUGCGUCUGAUCCAGAGCAGCGGCGUCCUCGUGGUUCUGUCUCAGGCCUGGAUCGAGGAGCUUUACCACCAGGUGUUAGAGCGCAACCUGCUGGCUGAGGCUGGGUUCUGGGGUUCCCGGGAGGACCACACACUGCCGCUUAUCACCGUGCUGACAGAUAUUGAUGGCUUGGGCAGCAGUGCAAUCGGAGGUCAGCUGAUCAGCAGAGCGUCGAGCCACUUGCCGCUCAGCUGUGAAAAGGCCGGCAGUGACACCGUGAUGGCAGGAGCCGUGUUCUCACGUUUCAUCCUCACGGGUGUCUGGAAAAACCUGAUUGAUGUUCUGUCCACACCGCUGACGGGUCGCAUGGCGGGCAGCUCCAAGGGCCUGGCCUUCAUCCUGGGGGCAGAAGGUGUCAAAGAGCAGAGCCAGAGGGAGAGAGACACCAUCUGCCUGAGUUUAGAUGGCCUCCGUAAAGCUGCUGCGCUCAGUUGUGCUUUGGGUGUGGCUGCCAACUGUGCUUCAGCUUUAGCCCAGAUGGCUGCAGCCUCCUGCGUGCAGGAAGAGAAGGAGGAGAAGGAGGUGGGGGAGACGGGAGACGCGAUCACACAAGUGAAGCAGCGUGUUGAACAGCGUCUGGAGCAGAUCAGCCGUCCUCAGGGAGUUCGCCUCCACACAGCUCAUGUGUUGUGCAUGGACGCCAUCCUGAACGUAGGACUGGAGAUGGGCAGCCACAACCAUGAGUGCUGGCCACAUGUUUUCAGGGUGACUGAGUACAUCAGCUCACUGGAGCACACCCACUUCAGUGAUGGAUCCACCCAGCCGUCCUCAUUGACCACCAUCACCCAGCAGAGCCAGCAGAUGGCUGGUAUCGACCUCGGGCUGGAGCUGAGCUGCGACCCCAGCCCGGAGGCCUCUGAGCUGAGCCUGAGCCAGCCGGUCAUCCAGCCGCUUUCCAUCCAGGAGCUGCUGAAGGAGAGCAGCAGAGGGGGCCGAGGGCUGGACCUGAAGAGUGGCAGCCUAAUGACGGGAACCAGCGCCGCCAAGGCCGUGUGCACACUGUCAACACAGGCCGACAGGUUGUUUGAAGAAGCGGCUACCAAACUAAACCUGGUGGGUCUGAUCGGUUUCCUGCAGCAGCUGAGAAAAGCUUCUCAGUGUCAGCUGUUUGACUCUGUUACAGAGACUGGAGACUAUUCACUGGCAAUGCCAGGAGAAGCCAAGUCGACACUGGACCGGCGCAGCGCCCUGCAUCUCUUCCGCCUCGGUGAAGCCAUGCUGCGGAUCGUCAGGAAUAAGAACCGACCGCUUCUCCACAUGAUGAGGGCCUGGAGCGUGGUGGCGCCUCAUCUGGUGGAGGCUGCGUGUCACAAAGAGCGCCACGUGUCCCAGAAGGCCGUUUCCUUCAUCCACGACGUUCUCACUGAGGUGCUGACGAGCUGGGCGGAGCUCCCACACUUCCACUUUAACGAGGCGCUGUUCAGGCCUUUUGAGCACAUCAUGCAGCUGGAGCUCUGCGACGAGGACGUUCAGGACCAGGUAAUAACAUCAAUAGGAGAGCUGGUGGAGAUGUGUUCUCCUCAGAUCCUGUCAGGGUGGAGGCCUCUGUUCAGCGCCCUGAGGACUGUCCACGGUAGUAAAACUGACACCAAAGACUACCUGUUGGGAGAAUACUCCAUGGGGAAGUCCCAGGCGCCGGUGUUUGACGUCUUUGAGGCGUUCAUAAACACCGACAACAUCCAAGUUUUUGCCAAUGCUGCCACCGACUACAUCAUGUGUCUCAUGAAGUUUGUCAAAGGAUUAGGAGAGGUGGACUACAAAGAGAUCGGAGACUGUGUUCAUGCGUCAGGUUACAGCUCCACUGACCUCUGCCUGCCCGCUCUCGACUACCUCCGCAAAUGUUCGCAGCUGCUAGCAAAGAUUUACAAGAUGCCAUCGAAGCCGGUGUUCUUGGGUGCGCGGCUCGCCAGCCUGCCAAUGAGAUCGCAGGAACGCUCGAUCAGCAGCGAGGAUGGGAUGGACUGCGUCCUCCAGGAGUUUGAUGAUGACACAGGUUUGAUCCAGGUGUGGAUUUUAUUACUGGAGCAGCUCACUGCAGCCGUGUCAAACUGCCCCCGACAGCACCAGCCUCCAACACUGGAGCUGCUCUUCACACUGCUCAGAGAGGUCACCACAGUACCAGGUCCAGGGUUCGCCAUCUUUGCCGUCAUCCAGUUGCUGCUUCCUGUGAUGUCACUGUGGCUGCAGCGUAGCCAUGGCGACCACUCCUACUGGGAUGUGGCAGCAGCGAAUUUCAAACAUGCAAUAGGCCUGUCCUGCGAGCUGGUGGUGGAGCACAUCAACAGUUUUAUACACUCAGACAUUGGUUACGAGUCACUGAUCAACCUGAUGCUGAAGGACCUCUUCAAGCUGCUGGUGGCCUGUGUGUCUGAACCAGCAGAGACCAUCUCCAGAGUGGGCUGUUCCUGCAUCAGGUACGUGUUGGUCACGGUGGGUCCAGUGUUCACAGAAGAAAUGUGGAGGCUGGCCUGCUGCGCUCUGCAGGAUGCUUUCUCUGCUACGUUAGAGCCCGUCAAGAACCUUCUGGCGUGUUUCCACAGCGGUUCCGACAGCUUUUCUGGAGACGCCUGCGAGGUGAAGGUGGCGGCUCCGUCUCACUCGCCUUCAGCUGAGGCCGAGUACUGGAGGAUCAAAGCGAUGGCCCAGCAGGUCUUUAUGUUGGACACUCAGUGCUCCCCUAAGACACCCAACAACAAGGAAGGCUUUGAGCACGCUCAGUCCUGCGUCCUCAUCAUCGAGCUGCCGUCUGACCAGCAGUCCAAUGGACACGCUCAGAAGAGGAAAAUUGGGAUCCCAUUCCGGACCAUUGUGGUGAGCCUGCUGUCCCACCAGGUUCUGCUUCAAAACCUCUACGACAUCCUGCUGGAGGAGUUCGUCAAGCAGCCCGAAGGUCAUGAAAGGGUCACACCUGUGACCUCUGACCCCAGCAGACCCACAGCAGGCUUCCUGCGCUACAUCUCUAUGACGAAUUUAGCCAUAAUCCUGGAUCUGCUGCUGGACUCUUACAGGACAGCGCGGGACUUUGACACUCGGCCGGGUCUGAAGUACCUGCUGAUGAAGGUGUCUGGUGUUUGUGGAGCAGCCAAUCUGUACCGUCAGUCAGCCAUGAGCUUCAACCUGUACUUCCAGGCCCUGCUGUGUGCCAUACUGAGCCAGGCCGACAGCAUGACUGCACAGCAGGUGAAGAGGAUCCUGUACGAGGAAGAGGAGGGGAGCUCCGACUCCUCUCAUCCUGGUUCUGCCUCCUCAGAGGAUGAAGACAUCUUUGAAGAAACGGCUCAGGUCAGCCCCCCUCGCGGUCGUGACAAGCGCCAUCCGUGGCGACCGCCGGUCCCCUCGCUCAGCGUGCAGCCGCUGGGCAGCGCUGACUGGGCCUGGCUGGUCAAACGCCUCUACAAGCUGUGCAUGGAUCUGUGCAACAGCUACAUUCAGAUGCACCGCGACCUGGAGAGCACACUGGAGGAGACCGCUCUGCUGAGAGGAAGCGUAGGAGGAGGAGACCACGUGUUCUUCCUGCCUCUCUUCCAGUCUGAGACUUCAACCCCGACCUCAGCGGGCGGGCUUUCAGCGAGGGGAACGCCCUCAGAGGAAGGCGGGUACAGGUGUCAGACAGCAGAUGUGAGUUCAGCGUCACCAGGGGACACACCAACCCCAAGUCCAGGAUUCAGCUGCGCAGGCAGCCUGUCCAACCAGUUCCGCACUGGAUGUGAACGGAGGGACUCCAACAUAACAAGCAGCUCGGUCGGAGCCACUCCUGGCUGCGCUGGCCCAGGAAGGAGGAAGGAAUGGUGGGAAAGUGCGGGAAACAAGCUGUACACCAUAGCUACGGACAGAACAAUCAGCAAGCUGAUGAUGGAGUACAAACGCAGGAAACAGCAGCAGCAGCAGCCGCAGCAAAGCCACGUCAACCUGUUCAUGAAAGAGCAGGGCCGGGCAGCGGCAGGAGGAGGCGUCGGGGAGAGGAGGGUCCCGGUGGAGCCACAGAGGCCCCCGCAGAGGCCGCAGCAGCUGGUGGACCAGCAGGGGCCCUCGCUGAGGCACUCGGUCAGUGCAGGGCCAGAGGUGCUCAGGCAGGAGAAGAGGCAGCGCUCGGGGUCCACCAUCAGCUCCCACAGCAUCUCACUGAGAGACUCCGAGGCUCAGAUACAGGCGUGGACCAACAUGGUCUUGACUCUCCUGAAUCAGGUCCUCCUCCUGUCGGACUCCUCCUUCCUGGCGCUCCAGCCGGCGCUCUACCCCUGCCUCAGCCAGCUCUCCUGCCACGUGACCGACGCCCGCGUUCGCCAGGCCCUACGCGAGUGGCUCGGCCGGGUCGGCAGACUCUAUGACAUCAUCGUGUGAUGACGCAGCGGCUAAAGGCUGCAAAGUGUCGGUCAGUGAAGGACAUAAACAGAUGAAAUUCUGCAGAAGAUUUGAUGAGAAUCGAUCAAGGGUUGGAUUGGCUGCUGAUCCUUGCCAAAAUCUUGUAGUCAGGCGCAGGCAGAAAUUAGGACAGUAUGAAGGAUUUGUUUGAUCAUUAAGGAUAUGGUAAAAGAAAUCAAAGUUUAAUAGGCUCCCUUAUAUUAUUUAAAUAGUUUCUUAUUAUUAUUGUGCUCAUGUAUAUUUGAACUAUUUCCUAAAAGAAACACACACAGAGCUUUUACCGUUAUGAGUUUGGGAAAACGAAUAACUUGCAGGAUCAGAAUUUUGGCUCAGUAUCGUCAUAAAGUCUCAACACAACAAUCACUGAGGCUGAUAAAUGAUGAUCGCUUCAUGCUUUAUGGUGGAUGCAACAUGUGGAUGAAUUCCAGGGGUUUUACUUCACCCGUGUUUCCUUUUUGACUCCCUGUGAAGAAACAGUCGUGUUUACAGUCUUUGCAUUGCUGUAUUUCUUUAUAUGCAUAUCUGCUUAACCUCAGCCAGAAUCUGUGACCCUACAAAAACAGCUCAUCAGCAUAUUGCUCUGUAGGUGGUCACAAGUAACUCAGCCAGGGCGCCUGUUUGGAUGAUUUAAUCCUUUUGCAGCCUGCUGCAAAUUUGCUUUCAGCCCUUUCUGGGAUAUCCACAUCAAUUUUACAGAUGAGAAAUAAACUGCCUGCCUUCACUCUGGGAGGAGACUUUUUGUAGGGCAAAGCUGGAAGAAAGCAGUGUCACCUACAAAUUAUAGUGAUGCCUACACCAUUAUUACAGCAACCCUUACAGAUGGUAUGGUGAUGUCUGAUCUGAUCACUUUGCAGAUACAGUGCAGGCAGUCUGUCCUAAACUAAUCUGAUUUGCCUAAAAAGUAAAGCGUGCGUCUCAUCUCUGCCCACAAGCUCUGACUGACAGCAGAUUUCUGAGAAAUGUCGUGUGUGACUCUGCAGUGAUGAGCGCUGCAGACGGGCAAACCACAGAUCAGUGAGGGCUCAUUAGAUACUGAGCACAUGUGGUUUCUUUACUCUGAUUGUUCAUGAAUGUGUGUGUAUGUGUGUAAUCAUGAUUUUUCUCCUCCUAUCAAAUGUCUUUAUUAUUCUGACACAAUCAAAUAUUUAUUAUUUUAAUCAAAUGCAACAUUUAGUGUGUUUUGAUGAUUAAUGCCGGCCACAUGUUGAUUUUCAUGUUAUGUAUUUAUGCCAAUUAUUUAUUUUAAAUUAUUACUAUGUUGAGAAUAUUCAAUUUUUUUGUCAGAGUUUAUUUUCUGUGCUUGUUACUGUUGGAUCCUGGCUGAGAGUUGUUACCAUGUUACCAGUGAUUCUGACUCCACCCUGAGUGUUUCACCUGUCUCGUUUAGGACAGGUAGGUCUGCUGGCAUUCAUAAGCUUUACCAUCCACUGAGACCGUGUUCCUGAUGGAGACCAGGCGGGUUUGGGCAUCAGUGUUGAUCAGUUUAACAUCAUCAGUAACUCAGUGACUGUGGAAGUUCUUGUUAAAGUGACCAAAGACAAUCCCCAAACAGAGGAUUUAUUUUUAUUUUUUAACGAAUGAAUGAAUUUGUAUAUUAUUUUUGACCGUGUAAGAUGUCUCAGUCUCAACGGGACGAAUCCUGAAGUUCUGGAUCACCCCUGACCUUUCCUCUGGCAGCAUCAUCAGACCAAACCUUCCACAUUAUUCAGCCUACAGCAGACAGAGUCCUGCUAACCUUACCGAGCAAAUCACUGCUCCAAUGAGAAUGUUUAAAACGACUGACUGCUUCUAUGGGGAACAAAUAAUGUGAGAGAAUUUCUGUAAUAAUCAACAAGUUGUCACUUCUGUCCUUUAACCUCCUCACUCUCAGUCAUAUUUACAGUCUUACCCAUCUUACUUAUCAGUUAACAGUCUAACAGUCAGACUCUCCCCUGGAUGCCAACAUAUGGAUCAUAGUUAUCAUCACGUAUAUAUGGCUCAAAGAGAAAGAAGUGGAUUCACAUCCUGGAAUCAGAACUGAAUGAAUUAAACCAAAUGAGUGAUCUGCUGUACUUUAUCCAGCUUUCACCACACAGUCACAACCACAAUGAGCUGUAACUCCACUGACCUCCAUUCAUGUGCAUUUUAGGACAGAUUAUGAUUGAAUGAAUGAGAGAGUGCUGAACUGAUGCUAACUUCAGCAGCUCGGCCCGUAUCGAGGACAGGCAGGCCGGCCGGGGAGGGCGGCUGCAUCUGAUGCUCCUAAGAAGCUUUACCCUUCUUUUUUUCACCCAGUUUGUCUACAGCUGAGACUUUUCCUGUCUCAUUUGCUCCCUCUUCCUCACUUCAUCUGUCGCUUCAUUUUCUCCUUUGUGCCAGCUGUCGCCUCCUCUCUGGCAGCAGUGCUCCGAGUGGACAUGCAGCUCCAAAAAAACCCCAAGUAGUCAGUGUUGAAACAUCAUCUUCUUAUCUAGAAGCCUAAAAAUCCUCAAUCCACCAACUACAGUUGGUAGCUCAUCUAUUAAUCAUCAGUUAUAUUUUGUGGCCUCAGUAGUUACUGUUGCCACAGAUGAGACACUGAGGGACCGGCCACCUCUGAAACCAAAGUGAUGCCAAAGAAUUAUUUUUUUUAAAAGAAGAACUCCUUUUACAUUUUAUUUCAGACCUUAAUCUUUCAGCUUCUGGGUAGAAGAGGGGAAUGGCUGCUGGGAAAGCAGAUGCUUCCUUGUUGCAGUGCAGCAGUUGCAAUCUGACGUGUCAAACUCCUUCUGUAGUUGCAUUCAUUUCAUUCUUCCUCCAGCUACAGGAACUGCGUACUCUCCUUAACCCUCACCCAUCCUCCCACGUGAAGAUGUUCGCGCCUGAUCAUCUUCUGCAAUGAGCUCGUCUUCUCUUGUAGGCAGGUGAAAGUUAAAAUGUGGGGAGCUUCAAGACUCUUUGUUGCACAUGCCCUCUUGACAUGCUUGACUCAGGAAGUAUGGAAAACAUCUAUGUAUGUCAUAGAAGACGUUUGGAAACUAUGAGCUCAGCAUCUUAAAAUUCAUCAGUCAUUGUCCUUGUUACAUCAGUGAUAACAGGCCAGCCUGAGGUUAUUUUAUCCCAUGUGGUGCAUUGUUGUAGAUCGCGAUGCUGAGGCUUCAGAAUGUGGGUCCACAUAUUCUGGGAUCCAUCUUUUGGACACACCUUGCAGGCUCUGACCUGAGGGGACGUGAUACUGACUCUCAGAAAUCUCGGUGUUUGGAAGGUUGUGCCCUAAUUCCUGCUUCCUUCUUGCAGGGGCACUACUUUGCACUUUUUUUUAUCUUUGGGAAAUAAUUGCUGACGGUCAGACAGUCAGACAGCAUUAGCAUGUCUCGCCACCGUGUCCCAUCCACUUCUGUCUCAGCUCACUUUGCUGUCCCUCAGCCCCUCCCAGUGUCCAUGACCUGUCCCCAUUUGUCCUUAUUCCCUGUUGUUCGAGGGCGAGCAGCAACUGGACAGAUGUUGUGUGCCAUCAGUGUGAUCAGCAGUAGUGAAAGGAAAGGAUUUAGUGGGUGUUAAAGCUGUGACAGUGUAUCCAUCUAAAAAAAAAACCCAGCAGUUGGCUGAUGUGUCAGAAUCAAGCAGCGGUUCUGCAUCAGCAGUUUGUGCAGAUUUCUCUCCUGCUCUGACAGACGUUUGCUCUGAUCAUCGCUCUGCUUUCAGUUUGUCCACAUAUUUAUUUGUGAUGCAGACUCUGAAGAUUAGUUCAAUCUUUGUCUGCAUUUAUGACUUGUAUCCAACGUGCGUUUGAAAUGGAAGAGCUGAGAUUAGGAGGGCUCGAACUGUGGAUGUUGUGACUUCAUCAUGAGCACAAACUUUAUCUUCACUCUAAGCAGAUUUGAUGCUCGUGGGUAUAACUCACUGCUAACAAGAAGCUCCAAAUCCAUCUGCAUGUUCCAUCGAGCCUUUGUUUGAGUCUAAGCUCUUAUUGCGUUCUGAUUCAAGACCCUGACAGCUCCUCCUUCUCUCCGUUUACUGGGAAUUUUUAAUAUUUCUACUAUUGAUUUACAGUCAAAUCAACAUUUUAGUGACUUUAUUGAGAGAUUACUGAGAGACUGAACUGAUUGAAGUGGCAGUGACUCACUGUAUUUGCUUUGCAGCGCUCAGACAGAGAACUGAGUAACUGAGUGAGUGAUUUGGCUGACAGAGAAACAUAUACAUAUGUAAUGAUUGAGCUUGCAGAGCAGCUGACUGACUGACUGAGAGUGUAGGAGUCAAAGCAGCUUUGGUUCUUCUGCUGUUUUGUCUGACAUGGAUGAAGAAAGUUUCUGUGACAUCUGACACAGUUUCUUAAGUGAAGGAUGCCGUGACAGCAUGUGGUACCAGGGAGGAAAAAAAUAUUACAAAGGAAAAUUGUCUUGACCAAAUGAGCAUUUUUAUUCUUUGCAGUCAAAUUGUUAGAAAUGUCCUUUGCAAAGAUUUUGUGUCUGUAAACUUUUAAACGUUUGGUUUCUAAAGGACGAUCACGGGAACAGAUUUGAUCCAUAUGUUUUCAGGUUUUUGGGGCCGAGAUGAAGUUCGUGUAGUAACAAAGAAAACGUACAUUUACAUUUCAGUCACGAUCAUUAGGGCAGAAACGAGAUUUGCUAUUUGCAUCUGCAGUCGUUUUCAUUUCGUUUCAUAGCUCUGAUCUGGGACCACCUCACCCUUCUACAUAUUAUACCAGAGGGUGGGGUUAGGUGCAGCAAGACCCCAGCAAAAAAACAGAGGAGAUGGUAACAACACACAGGAUGCUGAUUAAAUCGGGAGGAGCCGGGUUGCAAAGCAGCUUGCAGAUGUGGCUGAAGCAGCACCCUGCGUCAGAUUUGCCGGUUGGAUGUGCAGAUGUGCACAUAAACAGACUGGAUGCUAAUUUCUGUGUUUCAUGUAACACACGAUGGCCUUGAAGCCUAUAAAUAUAUAUACUAUAAAUAUAUAUACAUAUACUCACCCCCGGGGGAACCUGCAGAUGGUUUUUGUUUGACUGUUUUCGGAUGGUUCAGAUGUGACACAGCCUUCGGUGUCCCUGCAGAUGAAUGUGCAGAGGUUUCCUGAUGUGGCCUCAGGCUCUCCGCUCAUUCGCUCAGGUCAGUUUGUCUGUUUGCUUCCUUCACUGACCUCAAAGCUCGGCUGCCGGACCAUCGUGAGCGUCGGGUCCGCUAAUGUUGUGACUGUGAUUUCUAAAAGUGCAUUUUUUUCUGCUUUUGAUAUCAAAGAAAAGCACCUGUAAUAUUUUCUCCUGCUGUUUCUAACCCGCUCUGGCUUUUCUCCUCUGUCCCGAGCUCAGCUGUGUAACUGCUGUAAGUUGUAAAGCGCUUUGCCGGCAGGCCUGUUUGCUCUUUGUUGCUAAAUAAAAGCAGUUUGUCUUGAA